UACAACUGCGGGGUGAUUAAUGAAACGAGACCUUGCACUUUUGUACAGCUCCUCACCAUGGAAAAACCCUCGUGGAGAAAGUAUGUGAUGAAGUCCCUAGCCAUGGGAGAAAACUUCUUGUUUGUGGUGGAUGGUUUUGAUGAGCUGAAAUUCCCAGCCGAAGUGCUGAUGCAUGACAUCUGUGGGGACUGGAACACAGAGAAGCCUGCGGUUGUCCUGCUGAGCAGUUUGCUGCAGAGGAAGAUGGCCCCCCAUGCCACACUGCUGGUGACCACGCGAACACAGGCGUUACGGCAAAUCCACCUUAUGAUAGAUCAGCCCUUCCUUGUAGACAUUCGGGGCUUCUCGGAAUGGGAGAGGCAGGAAUACUUUCAAAUGUUCUUUAAAGAUGAGCAGGGCGGUGAAGACACGGUGGAGAGCGAUGAUGUAAUGGCACUAAGAGCUUUAAAUGCACUGAGAGGCAAUGCGGCUCUCUUCCCCAUGGCCUCACUUCCUUCUGCAUGUUCAAUAUUCUGCGUCUGUCUGGACCAAGGGAUGAGGAAGAGGGAAGACCUUGCUCUGAGGUGCCAGACCCAUACCUCUAUGUUCCUGAACUACCUCUUCAGUGUCCUCUCACCAGAAACCUACCAAAGCUGUUUGAAAACGCAAGUCCCGAGCACGUUCAGGAAAGUGUGUAUCCUGGCUGCUGAUACUCUGUUGGAACAGCUGCCUGUGAUCUGUGAAGAAGACUUGUUGAGAUUAGACGUGAACCCGAAUAUAAUGCAUCUUCUUGAUUGCAGGAAUGUCAUUGAUCAGAAGGAGAGCAACUGCUUCAGCUUCUACCACCUCAGUGUCCAGCAGCUCAUGGCUGCCUUCAUAUUUGUUGAAGAACUUGAGAAAGAAGAUAAACGUGUCUCUAAAUACAGUAUGCAGAAAUUGGUUUCUAGGGAAACAAGAUUAAAGAACCCCAACCUGUCAGGAGUGCUACUAUUUGUAUUUGGACUCUUGAAUGAGACUCGACUUCAAAAGUUGGGGACCUUUUUUGACUUCCAAAUAUCAAUUAGGGUCAAGAAGAAACUCCUGGAGUAUAAGUCGGGGGAAAAUAAACCCUUCCCAUUACUGAUAGAUCGACAACAGAUUUUGUCUUGUCUCUAUGAAUCUCAAGAUAAGGAGCUUGUGAAGGAAGUCAUGGCCCUCUUUGAGGAAAUCUCCUUAGAUUUGAAAACCAGCACGGACCUCAUAAGUGCUUCAUUUUGCCUCAAGAAUUCUCAAAAUCUGCAAACAGUGUCCCUACAAGUGGCAAAGGGGAUCUUCCCAGAAAAUGAUGCUGUUUUGGAGUCGACAGCUCAGUAUCAAAGGUCUCAAGACAACCAACACCUGCUAGCUUUCUGGACAGACUUUUGUGACUUGUUUAAUUCAAAUGAGAAACUGGUCUUUCUGAAUAUUGGCAAGAGCUUCUUCAGCAGAUCCUCACUGGAGAUUCUGUGUGACAAACUGUCCUCUGCUCCCUACCAUCUCCAGAAAGUGCUCCUCAAAAACAUUUCCCCAGCCAAUGCAUACAAGAAAUUGUGCCUCAUUUUUAAUGGUUAUGAAACCCUCUCACAUCUGACCCUGAAAGGUGACAACCUGAGCACCAUUCUUCCCUCGCUGUGUGAAGUUAUGAAACAUCCAGCACGCAACAUUAAGUUUCUCGGUCUGUGUUCUUAUCCUACCGGUAUUCAGAAAUGGGAUGACUUCUUCCAGGCCAUCAAAGUCAGACAAUCCCUAACAUGUCUGGACCUCACCGACAAUGAACUCUUGGACAAGGGUGCCAGGCUGAUGUGUAAGACUUGGAAGCAACCGAACAGCACACUGCAGAGGGUGUCGUUGGAGAACUGUCGCCUCACUGAAGCCUGUUGCAAGGACAUCUCUUCCAUUUUGAUGGUCAGCCAGGCUCUGACACACCUCAAUCUGGCCAAGAACGUUCUUGGAGAUAAUGGAGUGAAAGUCCUGUGUGAAAGCUUAAGCUAUCCCGAGUGUAAACUACAGACCCUGGUACUGUGGUCCUGUAACAUCACCAGCGAAGGUUGCCGCCAUCUCUCAAAGAUGCUCAGCCAGGCAUUGAGUCUAGAGCACUUGGAUCUGGGGCAGAAUUGUAUCAGAACCCCAGGUACAAGGUUUCUGUGUGAAGCAUUGAAGGAACCCCAGAGUAACUUGAAAAGUCUGUGGCUGUAUGGAUGCUCCAUGCCUCCAAACAACUGCAAAGACUUUUCUGAGAUUCUCAGAAACAACAAGAGCCUGAACACUCUCGACCUGUCUCAGAACAACUUGGGAGCUGAUGCAGUCAAGACAUUCUGUGAACACUUGAAACAUAACGUCUGCCCCCUUCAAACACUCAGGUUGAAAUUUGAUGACGCUAACCCGAGUAUCCAGAAGCUGAUCCAAGAAAUGAAAAAGAGCCAUCCACAAUUGACCAUUAACAACGACCAAUCAGAUCCUAAGAGAAAGGGAUCUUCUUUGCCUCAUUUCAUCUUUUGAGGCCACCCAGUGUCUCUACCCUCCAAAUGAGUAAUGGGCCUUGAAGGUGUGGAUGAAGGCCUUCUGGUCACCCUCUCUGAUCUGUUGGUAGCUAGGCUAAAUGUCUUUAUCCUUUAUUCCACACAAGUCACUGAACAAUGUUACAUGUGAAAUGUUUAUAUCACGGGUUUAUUGAG